AUGGUGAACUUGGAACCGCCCAAGAACGUAAAAGGAGUGAGAAGCUUCCUCGGGCACGCGGGCUUUUAUAGGAGGUUCAUAAAAGUCUUCUCCAAGAUAGCGUGCCCUCUCACUCAGUUACUUUGCAAAGAAGUGGCGUUUGAAUUCAAUGGAGAAUGCCUCGCGGCGUUCAAGAAAAUCAAAGAGGCUCUCAUUAGCGCGCCGAUCGUACAAUCACCGGAUUGGGAACUUCCUUUUGAGAUUAUGUGCGACGCAAGCGACUACGCCGUUGGAGCUGUGCUAGGCCAAAGGAAAGAGAAGAAACUCCACGUCAUAUACUAUGCAAGCCGGACCCUCGACGAGGCACAAUGCAACUAUGCCACCACGGAGAAGGAGUUAUUAGCGAUUGUAUUUGCAUUCGAGAAGUUUCGCUCUUAUCUUGUUGGCUCGAAACUUACAGUGCAUACCGAUCAUGCGGCUCUCAAGUAUCUGCUGUCAAAGAAAGAUGCAAAGCCAAGACUUAUACGGUGGAUACUUCUUUUGCAAGAAUUUGACCUAAAGAUCGUUGAUAGGAAAGGCGCGGAGAAUGGCAUUGCCGACCAUCUGUCAAGAAUGAGAAUCGAAGAGAGCAUACCUAUAGAUGACCCGUUACCAGAGGAAACGGUCUAUGCAGUCAGUGCAGUACCUAUAUCGAGAGAGGAGACCACACCAAGAGCCACCACGGAGAGGAGAAUUGCCUUUGGCGCAACUUGGUAUCGUCACAUAGCUAACUACCUCGCGGCCGACAUAGAACCUCCGCACUUCUAUGGAUACAAGAAGAAGAAAUUCCUCAAGGACAUCAGAUUUUACUUCUGGGACGAGCCAUACCUCUACAAGAAGUGCCAAGACGGAUUGUUUAGAAAAUGCGUGCCGGAGGAAGAGAUAGCCGGGAUUCUGCAUGGAUGUCACGAAUCAGCUUACGCAGGUCAUUUUCCCACGUUCAAGACAGUCUCUAAGGUCUUGCAAGCGGGUUUUUGGUGGCCUACAAUGUUUAAAGACGCUCAAGCAUUCAUCUCACGUUGUGAUGCUUGCCAAAGAAUGGGGAACAUAAGCAAAAGGAAUGAAAUGCCGCAAAACUUUAUCUUGGAAGUUGAGGUAUUCGAUGUUUGGGGAAUUGAUUUCAUGGGACCCUUCCCCACAUCCUUUGGAGAUCAAUACAUACUAGUAGCAGUGGACUAUGUCUCCAAAUGGGUUGAAGCGCUAGCCGCUCCAACAAAUGACUCAAGGGUGGUGAUCAAAAUGUUCAAAUCGAUCAUAUUCCCAAGAUUUGGAGUUCCAAGAGUUGUGAUAAGUGACGGAGGCUCACACUUCAUCAAUCGGAUCUUUGCAAACCUUCUAAAGAAAUAUGGAGUGCGGCACAAGGUAGCGAGACCCUAUCAUCCACAAACUAGCGGCCAAGUGGAGAUUUCAAACAGGGAAUUGAAGAGCAUCCUACAAAAGACAAGUGGGAAGAAUAGAAAAGAUUGGUCGGCCAAGCUAGACGACGCUCUUUGGGCAUAUAGGACUGCUUUCAAGACAUCUCUCAGGACAACUCCAUUUCAUCUCGUCUAUGGCAAAGUGUGCCAUCUACCGGUGGAACUAGAGUACAAGGCAGUGAUGUACUUGCAUUUUACAUAG